UUGCUGUAGAUCUGGCUGCCUUCACCUGUCCUCAGUGCACAUAUAACCCCACAGACAGCACUGAUCUGUAUGGGGAGCUCUGCUUUAUACUGUAUGCAGCAUCCCUGGACCCUGCAUUCACUAUAUCUGGUCUCCCCAGGACCCUGCAUUCACUAUAUCUGGUCUCCCAGGACCCUGCAUUCACUAUAUAUCUGGUCUCCCCCUGGACCCUGCAUUCACUAUAUCUGGUCUCCCCGGACCCUGCAUUCACUAUAUCUGGUCUCCCCGGACCCUGCAUUCACUAUAUCUGGUCUCCCCGGACCCUGCAUUCACUAUAUCUGGUCUCCCAGGACCCUGCAUUCACUAUAUCUGGUCUCCCAGGACCCUGCAUUCACUAUAUCUGGUCUCCCAGGACCCUGCAUUCACUAUAUCCGGUCUCCCGGACCCUGCAUUCACUAUAUCUGGUCUCCC